AUGGUGCUACUCAAAAGAUUGAGCGUUUUAGAAGAAUAUGACCCAUUCAUUAAUUUUCAACUACCUACCCCCCUCACCAAUACUAAUCAAACAAAUCAAACAAAUCAAACAAAUCAAACAAAUCAAAUCAUCACACCACCACAACCAUCUUCAACUCCUAGUAAAAAUAUUACUUUUUGUUUUGAGGUUGAUUCAUUUGACACUCCAAUUUUUGAAGAAGAUAACGUUAUACCAUUCUCAUUAAAAUCAAUUAUUCCACCUUCAACAUCAACUACCUCCAUACCAUCCACACCACCAUCCACACCACCAUCCACACCACCAUUCACACCACAAUCCACAUCAACAACACCAUCCACACCAUUCACACCAUCCACACCAUCCACACCAUCCACACAACCUAUAUCAUCUUUCAUUUAUAGUGCUUUAGAAGGAUCUGGGGAGAUUGUGAAAUCCCUUAUUAAAGUUCCAGAGCCAAAAGAGAUGUCUCCAAUCAGACCAGGUAAGCGGGUAGAGUCAAAAACCCGAAUUGCCAAAUUCGCGAACACUUGGUUCCAAUCAAUGGUUCAUGAAGUCUGCCAUGAGACACAAUUAGCAACUGUAAUCUAUUCUGACUGUGGAAGUAAGGAGCGAUUACCGUUUCAUUCUAUCAAGCCCAGGUACUUUGAAGAACAAUUCCAUACGACUCCAUUUUCAAUUGGGCAAAGAGUGAUCGUCAAAUCCAGCAAAGACAAAAAUUUAUAUAUAUAUACACCGUGUAAACAUCAUACAACGUGCAGUGAAUUCAAAAUACAUCAUGUACCUUAUAUGGAAUUCUACAGUAAAGUGGUGUUUAUUAAACAUUGUAUUUGCAGUCCAAAAGCAAGAUUCUUAAAUUUUAUAGGUUAUAAGCUGCCAUUCGAUAAUCAUGAUUGGACUGUCGAUAGAUGUGGAAAGCAAGUUAGAUAUGUUAUCGAUUUUUAUGAAGGAAAGGUUGAUCCAGAGACCAACAAACCAAUUGGAAUCUAUUAG